UACAUACAUAAUAUUUGGCGCAAUCAAAAAUAUCAGUAGAAUUACCGACUCUAACAAUGGUGAUCAGCAUCGUUUUUCUGUGGUUGAGUUUGUGUUGUAUUGUGACGACUUUUGCAGAUACCAAAAUAAUUGACAUAAACAUACCGAAUUCUGCCUGGGACGGUAAUCGAUCUCUUUUGUGUAAUACGGCUCCCGUGGAUCCUCACCAAUACAUAAUUUCUUAUGAACCGCUCUAUCGCAAGCACACCAUUCGUCAUAUCAGUGCAGUGAUAUGUGAUCAUCCCAGUCAUAUUAACCAGGUUUGGGACUGCGGUCAAGGAACCUACGUCUGUGAAAAUGGGGAAAACGAAGUAUUAUGGGCAAUGGCAAAGGACGGUCCAGGAUGGCAUUUACCAAAAGAAUUCGCAGUCCCCAUAGGAUCUAAGAAGCGGUACCUUGUUCUGCAGAUCCACGCUCCACCGAAUAUGAAACUCGAAAGUACCUCGUCCUUUAAUAGCACUGGAAUUCGGAUCGGACUCACAGACAGAAAGCCUACCUAUCGGUCAGAUAUAGCCAUUUAUGGCAUGAUCGGAUAUAUUCCUGCUAAUGCAAAAGACUUCACAGCAGACGCAUUUUGUUGGUGGCCAUUUGACGAUACGCCACUCUAUGGUAUAUCUAUCCAUUCUCACACAAUGGCUACGGCAAUCACUGGUUAUAUUUAUCGAAAUAAUCAUUUCAUCGAGCUACUCCGAGCAGACCCCGCUUACCCCGAAGUAACUAUCGACAUUUCUUCUCGGAAUAUAACUUUACAAAGCACCGAUAUUUUGAUAAUGCGCUGUACAUUAACCAACCCGAAUAGAAGGGAUGUUAAGUUUGGUAACGACCAUUCGGACGAAAUGUGUGACUUGUAUUUCUUGUACGGUACCAAAUUCGAUGCUUACAAAAAACAUAGACACGUCCUUUGUCCUGGAGACGCCCAGAAAUCAGAUUUGUCCAAACUUUUCGCACAUCUACCACAAGACUCAACAGUUCCAGAUGAAGAGGGCUAUAAAAAGUUGUUAUCUCCCUUUAAUGUUACGAAAAGUACUUAUUGAAAAUAGGUAGUAGAAUGCAUUUUUUUAAUAGCUUGCAAAAAGGUAAAUGAAAAACAAUUUACGAAAUGACUAUAACGAGUAAUUUCACGAAGAAAUAAAUGAAAAUUUGUGUAAAAAUAAUAAAAA